AUGGUCAAGCAAGCUGGUCCCGCCUACGUCUUGGGCGUGGGCAUGACCAAGUUCAUCAAGCCCCGUGGCAAGGUCGAUUACCAUGAGCUCGGUUUCGAGGCCGGUGUCAAGGCCAUGCUCGAUGCCCAGAUCACCUACGACGAUGUCGAACAGGGCGUCGCUUGCUACGUCUACGGCGACAGCACCUGCGGUCAACGCGUCUUCUACCAGUUCGGUCUGACCAACAUCCCCAUCUACAAUGUCAACAACAACUGCUCCACCGGUUCCACCGGUCUGGCCAUGGCCCGCACCCUGGUCUCCCACGGUGCCGCCGACUGUGUUAUGGCCGUUGGCUUCGAGAAGAUGAGCCCCGGCAGUCUGCAGUCCGUCUACAACGACCGCGAGAACCCCACGGGUCUGUUGGGCAUGAUGAUGGCGGAGACCCGCGGGAUCACCAACGCUCCGGGAGCCGCCCAGAUGUUCGGUAACGCCGGCCGCGAGUACAAGGAGAAGUUCGGUGCCAAGAACGAGGAUUUCGCCGAGAUCGCCCGCGUCAACCACGAGCACUCCAAGCGCAACCCCUACUCGCAGUUCCAGACCGAAUACACCCUCGAGCAGGUUCUCAACGCCCCCAUGAUCCACGAGCCCCUCACCAAGCUCCAAUGCUGCCCCACCUCGGACGGCGCCGCCGCCGCCGUGGUCGUCUCGCAGGAAUUCCUCGACGCCCGCCCCCACCUCAAGGACCAGGCCAUCCUGAUCGCCGGCCAGCAGUUGGCCACCGACAACACCUCCAUCUACAGCAAGAGCUCGAUCGACCUGAUGGGCUUCGGCAUGUCCCGCUACGCCUGCCGCGAGGCCGCCAAGCAGGCCGGCGUCAACAUCAAGGACAUCAAGGUCUGCGAGCUGCACGACUGCUUCUCCGCCAACGAGAUGAUCACCAUCGACGCCCUCGAGCUGUGCGAGCCCGGCAAGGCGCACGAGAUGGUGCGCAAGGGCGACAUCACCUACGGCGGCCGCAUGGUCAUCAACCCCUCGGGCGGUCUCAUCUCCAAGGGUCACCCGCUGGGCGCCACCGGUCUGGCCCAGUGUGCCGAGCUGGUGUGGCACCUGCGCGGCUGGGCCAACAACCGUCUGAUGGACGGGACCAGCUCCGCCCUGCAGCACAACCUCGGCCUGGGCGGCGCCGUCGUCUGCACCGUGUACAAGCGCGCCGACGGCAAGGUCGCCGCGGCCGUUCCCGACGCCGUCGUGGGCAAGGUCAACGGCCUCGGAUACAACCCGGCCGUCGAGGCCAAGGGCUUCACGGCCGCGCAGGCCAAGGCGGUGCUGAGCAAGAAGAACAGCUCGGCGUGGGCGCUGUCCGACACGCAGGAGCGGGUUAUCGCCCGGUUUUAA